CCCUUUUCCAUUUUUUUCACCUAACUUUUUUUUUUUCCAUUUUUUUUUUGCCCAUCGAUUCCUCCGUCGUCGUCUUCCUCACUGCGUUCGCAGCUCCGUCGACUGCGAGAGUAGGAUUAGGGUUAGGGUUUCAACAAGCUCCACGCUCGCCGGUCUCGGGAUCGCCGCGAUGGCGGCGGCGGCGCCACUGCCAUAUGUGGAGUUGUGCAAGGGCAUCAACGGCCUCGAGAAGGUCGUGCUUCGGGAGGUCCGGGGAAGCUCCGCCGAGGUUUACUUGUAUGGAGGUCAAGUAACAUCUUGGAAAAAUGAAGGGGAGGAGCUACUCUUCAUCAGUAGUAAGGCUAACUUCUGCCCUCCGAAACCAAUUCGUGGUGGUAUACCAAUAUGCUUUCCUCAACUUGGGAAUCAUGGAACUCUUGAACAACAUGGAUUUGCUAGGAAUCAUCUUUGGACUGUUGAUGAGAACCCACCACCUUUUCCUGCACAUACAUCUACUAAGGCUUUUGUUGAUCUGAUUUUAAAGCCAUCAGAAGAAGAUUUGAAGAAUUGGCCUCAUAGUUAUGAAUUUCGCUUGAGAGUUGCCCUUGGACCAGGAGGAGAUCUGAUGCUCACGUCCCGCAUAAGAAACACAAGUACUGAUGGAAAACCAUUUCAGUUUACAUUCGCAUAUCACACAUACUUCUCUAUCUCAGAUAUCAGUGAAGUUCGUGUUGAAGGACUGGAGACAUUGGAUUACCUUGAUAAUUUGAGAGAGAAACAGCGCUUCACCGAACAAGGAGAUGCAAUCAUAUUUGAAUCUGAAGUGGACAAAAUAUAUUUGGGCGCACCACCGAAGCUUGCCAUUAUUGACCAUGAAAAGAAAAGGACAUUUGUAUUGCGGAAAGAUGAUGGGCUUCCAGAUGCCAUUGUAUGGAAUCCAUGGGACAAGAAAGCCAAGGUGAUACCAGACCUGGGGGAUGAAGACUACAAGCAUAUGAUAUGUGUGGGGGCUGCGGCGGUCGGUAAGUCGAUCACAUUGAAACCUGGUGAGGAAUGGAGAGGGAGACAGGAGCUCUCUGCCGUUCCCUCCAGUUACUGCAGUGGGCAGUUGGAUCCUCGAAAGGUUCUCGAAGGUUUAUUGUAACUCACAUCUCGCUCAGGGGCUCUUGCUGCGCUUUCUCUUCCUUUCUUGUCAUCGUCAUCAUUCAGUGUGUUUUGCGGGACAGCAGAUCCUCAGAGCUGGAUUAGUAAAUUCCGCGUUCUAAAGAACUUUCAUGGAGAGGGAUUUUUUUUUUUAACACCUCGCCCCGCUGGGCACAAAAUAGAGGGCUGUUGUUUGGCUCAUCUAUUUCACGCUCUUUUCGAUGCAUAUCAUCCUGUUAAUCUGAAAAUCAUCCGGGAUAAAGAAGAGGCAUUAUAAAGUGUUUUUUUUUUUUUUCCCUUUUUAUUUUAUCUGUGGAUGUAUUUCGUGUGCUUUUAAAGCCUUUUUGCUGUAAAAACUUUUAGACUGGUGUUUGAAUUUUGGUGUUGUUCAUUGGUACUAGUACAGAGUUUGGUGGUUUA